UAAACUGACCAAGCAAGAAGAAUCUUUACGCAGAGAGGAUCAUAUGGAGAAUUGCAGCUUAGAUCUCUGCCUAUCUCCAGUGACCUCUUCACUUCAAUCUUGUCACCGAGAUUCCAAGGUUAGUCAAUCUUUAGCCACGAGAACUAAGGAGAUCAAUGCAUUCUAUAAUGGGAGAGUACGAGAAUACGAUCUCGUAGAGAUCCAGAUAAGGGCGGUAAUAGAGAUGGCGAGCAAGGAGCGUGACAUAACGGUGUUAGAGUUAGCACCGGUUAGACUAGAAUCGCCCUUAGUGUUUCCGGUGAAGAGAUCAGUGGAGAGGUUUUUGGAGAAGAGAAAGAAGAGAAGCAAAUAUGUUACUACACCUUACAGUUACACUUGCAGCUCCACGUCUUCCUCCUCUUCGCAUCAUUUCUAAAACCCCACUUAUUUUUGUCAUUUUUCCGUAUACUCAACGGUGAACUUCGAGUUUUUUUUUCAAUCUUGUUUUUAAAUCAAGAUGUUUCAUUUGUAUAAAACUCGGAUCAUUUGGAUCGCUUGUAUUAGUUGUGUUCUCCUCAUC